AAAAAUAAAACUUCGAGGGAAUAUGAGAAGAUGACGACGCUAAUUCAAUUCCCUCUACAACUUGAAACCCCAAAACCCAAUCCUUAUCUCUCUCUCUCUCAAUCUCAGUCUCAUCGUCAAGUCUCUGGAAUCAUCGAAUCUUUUCUUGUUUUUAUUUUAUAUUCCUUACGUAUCAGUUAACAUUUUCUUGAAUUUUCUAUAAAGGAAACAAAAUUUUCUUGUUUUUGUUUUUAUUUUAUUUUCCUUACGUAUCGAUCUGUAAAAAAAAGAAUAUGAAUUCGACGAUGGAGGCUGGAGUUGGAGGCGGUGGUGCGGCGGCGACGGCGACGGAGUUUCUGCAGAUUCGGUUGAACCACAGGCACGAUCCCAAGGAGAAUCAGUGCUCCUCCGUGCUCGUCAAGCAUAUCAAAGCCCCUGUUCAUCUCGUGUGGUCUCUAGUGAGGAGAUUCGAUCAGCCACAGAAGUACAAGCCCUUUGUGAGUAGGUGUGUGAUGAAAGGUGAUGUUGGAAUCGGCUCUGUUCGAGAGGUUGACGUUAAGUCUGGCCUCCCUGCUACCACUAGCACCGAAAGGUUGGAGCUUUUCGACGACGACGACCACAUUCUUGGUAUCAAAAUCCUUGGUGGUGAUCACAGGCUUAAGAACUACUCCUCCGUUGUUACAGUACAUCCAGAGGUAAUUGAUGGUAGAGCUGGUACUAUGGUGAUCGAGUCAUUCGUGGUGGAUGUGCCAGAAGGGAACACCAGAGACGAGACUUGUUACUUCGUGGAAGCUCUUAUACGAUGCAAUCUCAAAUCUCUGUGCAAUGUUUGCGAGAGAAUGGCUGCUGAUCUGGACAGGAUUUGACUAAGAUUACUUCUUCCUAAAACCCGUAGGAUAACUAAUUAAGCAACAUUGGCUAUUAUUAUGUGACAACCUCUCUUUUUUGUUUUUUGGGCUUCGGGUUCGGGUCUUCCUUUGUAUGUAUAAUAUAGUCGAAGAGUGCAUAUUACCAUUGAGUGUGGUCGUGUGGACAAGUCGAAAACCUCUAGUACUCCUUUAGGACAGCUUCAUGUCUGAUUCUUCCAUUCGAGUCUGGUUGUGUAAUCUAUUAUAAACAGUAGCUGUAAUUUACUAGGAAUGUAUAAUGUAUGUAGAUUGUAGAUUUAUAUCAUUCGACCAAGCAAUGAGUCAA